AUGUUCCUUCUUUUUUCCACUCUUCUGACAUCUCCAUUGCCAAGUGCCGAACAUAUUCGUGUCCCCAGUCUCCGAUUGAUGCGAUUGCUGUUAGUCGUCGCUCUCUUGGGUGCGGUUUUUGCCGAAGAUGAGUGGAAAGCCGUUAACGUUGACCGAACCAUUGAUGCAACAUCACAAAUUGUGAAAACUUCCACACUGUAUUCAUUUGAGAACAUAGGAGCCGGACCACAGUCGAAAGUUUCAAUUGCUCUCACAAAAGAAGAAGUUGCCGGUCUUUCUCACAUCACUGCAGCAAUCGAUGGAACUAAAGGCAAGCUGAAGUUAGCCGAAAAACCUGUCGACCGGGGUUUGGGUAUCUAUGAAGUGGAUCUUCGCACCCCCAUUGCCAAAGGAGCUAAAGUUACGCUCAGAGUCAACCUUCGCCUAACUCAAGUUCUCGAGCCACUUCCAGCCAAGAUUGCUCAAUCAGAAAAUCAAUUUGUUGUUUUCCACACAUCAGCUUAUGUUCCAUCACGGUACGAAACUGUUACCCAGAAGACGACCAUCCGUACUACCCAAGGCGGAAAGCUUCUUUCGGCAACUACAGUUUCUCCUUCGAAACAAGAAACGGAACGUGUUUCCUACGGUCCUUAUGCCAAUAUUCCUGCAUUUGAGAGCAAGCCAAUUAAAGUACAUUACGAAAACAAUUCUCCAUUCGUUGUCGCCACUAUCGUCGAGAGAUAUAUUGAAGUUUCCCACUGGGGAAAUAUCGCUGUUGAGGAAUACGUUGAAUUAGUUCAUAAAGGCGCUGAACUUGAUGGUCCUUUUUCAAGAAUCGAUUAUCAAAUGGAUCGUCGAGGACGCCGUCAGCCAGCUUUCCAGCAGUUUACGACUGUUCUUCCAGCUCAAGCUAAGGAUAUUUACUACCGUGAUGAAAUUGGAAACAUUUCCACAUCGGCCGUCAGAAUCCGUGCCGAUAGCGUCGACGUUGAGAUUCGUCCGAGAUUCCCAUUGUUUGGUGGAUGGAAAACUUCCUACAUCAUUGGAUACAACUUGCCAUCAGAGGAGUACUUGUACACUAAAGGAAACCAAUAUGCUCUGAAGACUAAGUUGUUCGACCACGUUUUCAGCGAUAUUGUGGUCGAGAAGCUUCGCACUAAAGUUCUUCUUCCCGAGCAUGUCAAACGAGUUAAAGUUGUCACCCCAUAUGUUGUCGACAGGCGUCCUGACGAACUCAAGCCUACAUACCUGGAUACCACUGGUCGCCUUGUUGUUGUCCUUGAAAAGAAUAACGUCGUCCCCGACCACAGCCAAUUUUUCACCGUCACUUACGAGUUCAACCACAUGGAUAUGCUUCGUGAGCCACUCCUUGCUGCGGCUUUCUUCUUCUCUCUGUUCUUUGUGAUGAUUGUGUACUCCAGAUUCGAUUUCACUAUUUCCUCGGACCCAGCCAAGGAAGCCGAAGAGCGAUCUCAACUCAGCCUUGAGAAACUAUCAAAGUCUGUUGACUCCAAGCAAGCAGCCUAUGACGCUUUGAUCGAUGCUGCACAGCACUACAAGUCAACUAAAGACGAAGCCGAACUUCAAGAGGCUAAGAAAACUUUCAAUGAAACUAGAAAUCAAGAGAACUCUAAUCUUACGGAUAAGAUUUCUGCCUUGAAAACCGACGUUGGAAUUGCUGCGGCUGAAAAGGCUGCUGAGCUAUUGAAAUAUGACAAGGCUGUGUGCGACUCUGUGGAGAACUAUAUCAAAGCUGUGGAGAAAAGCACAACCAAAACAGCUGGACCAGAAGAACAACAGUUUGUGAACAAAGUUAAAGAUGCUAGAAUCCGUGCUGACAACGUGCUUGCCUCGAUUUAA